GAAAAAAUUUCGGCUUUCCCGCCGUAGCCUUUGCGUACCUGACAUGAUUGUAUUCUCCUCCACUGGCCUUUGCCUGAAUGCAGGGAGUUAGAACAGUGAAAAUAUCCGAUCAGUAUCACAGUCAUAAUCUACAGACAAGCGAUUUAGGAGGCGCUCGAGGAUUGAGUAAAUAUUAUUAUGUCAGGGGCCGCAGCUACCGGCGGGGAGGAGAAGGUCUUCAAUGCCGAAGAUAGGAGGGUUCGAGUCCUGAAUCCUAGGAAAACUCCCGCCGGGGCCGGGGGUCACCCAGUUCACGCCUCCAUUUUCCAAGUACGUUCAGCGUGCCAAGCUUGCAACCAGGUAGCGCCUGCCACGUGCUUCAUGGUCGAACAGCUCAACAAAGGCGCUCAUCCCUGCUACUAUUUCACGACUGCCGCACACGUUAUUUGUUGCAGCGAUUGUGGAGAGUAUUGUUGGAUUCAGAUUGUGUACGAAUGGGAUCCCAAGGAUUCCAAACCCAGUAGCACGUUCCUGCCGGAUGAAACCUUUGUCGAGGAAAACAAUGACCGAGGAUGGCUGCGGGUGCCCGAAGACUACGUAAAGAACUGCGGAGAAGGCAAGGGAGACUGGGAUCGCUAUCUGUAUGAUUAUGGCAUUAUUGCUCUGCGCAAGGACAACUUGGAACAGAGACUAAAGGAUGAGCUUGACAAGCUGAGCGGUGCAAAUGCAAUGGUGCGCAAACCAAUGGCUCAACAGCCGCGUAUGGAGUCUGUUGACCAGGCGUUCCUGUGUGGGUUUCCUGGAGAGGUCAAAAAAGAGGCGGUGCGAGGUCACAUGUACUGGAUGCCCGUUGACAAAGCCAAGAAAGCUGAACCGCUACUGCAUGACAUCGGCUUUAAAAAGCGCAGAGGCCAGGAGAGAGAGACAUCGGCACUGUUUGCCAUGCCGCAACGUCAUACGAAUGACGGUGACGGCGACGGAAACAACAAAAGCAGCAGCAACCAGGAUCUUGUUGUCAAGCGACUCUACCGUCACUACAUUGAAUCAAGCGGUGGACAGAGCGGCUCGCCCAUAUACUCCUACAACGAUGAAGAAAAGGAGUACGUCGUUUACGGCAUUCAUGCCGGAUACUGGCGCUUUGACGAUGCCAAGUCAAAUUUGUACUGCAAUGUAGCAGUGCGGAUCCAGGAGGUCUACAAAGACAUGAGUGAGUGGAUCGAACGGAAGGAGGCCGACAAGCACACUGCCAAGCCAGCUCAGAAACAUUCCACAGAAAGAUUCGUUGAGAAGAAACAACCUAGCUAUCUGUUUGGCACUGGAAUCGAAGGAAUGAAGAAAUCGAAGUCAGGAACUGAGGAUGCCGGUAAACCUGACGAAGAUGAGGACGAAAAUUCGUACGGCGACCCAUUCAAACAAAGUGCCUUUAUAACCCAUAUCUCACCUUGGCUGGGCGCAUUACCAGCAGGAACAUUUCGUAAAAUGGCGCAAGGGGCCGGGUUCUUUGCCGAUCUGGAGCAGAUAGACGACUUGAAGAGGAUUGAGAGACGAGAUGGACCACGCGCUCACAACGAAGAGUUGGUCAACAUUGUAAGCAGCGAGGAACAGGCUGGCUACAUCAAGCUGGUGAAGAUCAUCAAACGCUGGUGUAAAUAUCCCGACAAGGUCGACAAGAUGAACCAGCUUCUGCCACGACGGGCCCGUGUGUAAACGAUGGAGGUUUCAAGCACUUCACUCAGCAAGUGCUGGUUCUCUCUAUCUCUCUCUCUCUCUCUCUCUCUCUCUCUCUCUCUCUCUCUCUCUCUCUCUCUCUCUCUCUCUCUCUCUCUCUCUCUCUCUCUCUCUCUCUCCGUGGUGUGUUCUCUAUAUUACUGACUGGCUAUGCUGUUCAUCAAAUCCAUUCUUCCUUAGUCAUUUUUACCAAAUUGUAGCAGCAUUAUGUUAUGCUUGAUCGCUACCGCACUAAAUAUUUCCUUCCUCUAUAUAAAUGUACUCGCCCCCCCCCCCCCUCACCACCCUUUGUCCCUACUCCUCCCCAGUUUUUGGUGCACUGAAGUGUCGCUGAAGCCGAGACCUCAGGUCGGCGGAGAUGCUCCAGUUUCACCACCACAGUUGCGUCUGCAACCACCUCUAUCAUGCAGUAUUCUGUUCUGGAGGUUCGUGGUUUCUCGUAAAAAAAAAAGAACUAGUCCAGUAGGUUAGACAGUAAAGACAGCUAAUUGUAGAGGACCACACCAGGUUACUUUGCCCGUUGCAGAAUUACUACUUAUAGUCAUGCAGAUACUUGAAACUUUUCUUUUUAAUUUUAUGAAUGCAUAAUAUUGGAAUAUUUUCAUUAUGCCGAGGUAUACCGAGUAGGUUAGACUAUUUUAGUGAUAUAAAAUAUUUUUGAUCAAGUUCCUUCUUUUCGAAAUUCCAGUCACUUAUACAAUGUCAUGUACAUACACAAUUAUUACAAAACGUAAUUUUAAGUUUGCGCUUUCAGAAUUUCAUUUUCACUUCAAUACUGUAACAGUGCCAUGAUUUCAGUACCAUUGGUAGUGGGUCACAUGUUGUACAAACUCUAAAACAAACAUUUUCUUCUCA